AUGUUCGGCUCACAUCUUCUCCAUCAUCAUCAUAUACCACAUGCCGGAUUUACAGGUUAUAGUGGCGGAAAUUUUGCUGCACCAAGUGGUUUUAAUGGAAGUUUUGCUGGACCAACUGGCUUUGCUGGAAGCUUUCCUCAACCAACUGGUUUCACUGGCGGUCUUACUGCACCUACAGCAUUUCCUAAUUCAGGUUUUAGUGGUCUAAGUUUCGGUGGUGGUGGUAAUAACUUCCCAGCUGGUUUCGGCUCACCAUAUGGUUAUAGUCCUUUCUAA